AUGAUGCGAGAUCCGCGUCGCCGGAGCCCAGAGAGCUCUCGGCGGCGAAGAACAGACCGCCGUGAUCUUCGCGAACAGCUCGCCGCCGCUGACGAGAGCAUCAUAUCGAGCAUCCCCGGCCCAUCACAUAGGCCCCAAACACAACAGCAGCCCUUGCCGCAAAUGUAUUCGCAAUCGCAAUACUCCCAAUCCUACGUCGAACCUCAGAGAUACCCCGAACCCGAGACACAUGCCGCCCCUUCUGAAAGAUACCCCGAUCCUCAGCGAUAUGGCGAGCCACAACGAUACCCACACCCUGAUCAGCACCAACAACAGCAGUACCCCCCAUCUGAUGUCUUCGUCCAGCCUCUAGGAUAUGGCGAACCUGAACGACAUGUCCAACCGCAGGGGUACCAAGGACACCGCGAGCCCGAGAGGAUGCGCCCGCGAGGCGGAUCGAGUGCUUCCUCGUCGUCUUCGACAUCGUCCUCCAUGCUCAACAUCUCAGCCAAGAGCCCCAAGUUUGGUGGCCUCUUCAACACAUUCUUUAGAGCCCCUUCUGAGCAGCGCAAACGUCGUAGGCGGAAGAAACAUAAAGCCCGCAUACUCUCCUUUGGCAAUUCCUCUUCGUCCUCGGUUAAUUCCGACAUGGCUUACGGUCGUGGCUAUAUUGACCGCGAUAAGAGUCAGCAAGCGAGCCCGAGGCCGCAAGCCUACGCGAGUCCUUCACUGUACCGCACUGAGCCAGCUGACACCCGUCACCAACCACCCCCGGUGCCUCGCGAUAAGACCGACGAAGAAAUUCUUGAGAUUGGGCGCCAACUGCAAGACAUUGCGCGGAGGCAAAACGAGCAUGAUCUCAAGUCGGCUGCCAAGUCGCGGACAUCCCAGUUGGCCGGUACCGCGGCCGGUGCCGCCGCCGCCGCCGCCGCUUUCAGCCACUUCCAUAGUAAGAGUAAGAGCGACAGUAAGACUAGAGGAUCUGGCACUUCUAAACCUAAUGAAAACGCAUCCUCCUCGGACGAUGAUUGGGAAUCGGCGUCCGAAGAUGAGUCUACUACGGAUGAUUCAGACAACGGCCUGGCAUAUGGCUCCGCCAUCAAGCCGUCCAAGUCGGCAAGAAUUUCGACGGAGCCCCCGGAGCAGAUCAAGCCACCCCAGCGGAGGAGUACUAUUGUGGACCCGCGUCUCUUCGGCCCCGUAAACUCUCUUCGCGGCGCCGUCAAAAGCCCAUGCGGCUUCGGCGAGGAAGACCCCCGGUCCGCUGGUUCUUCCCGCCGCCACCACGAAGAGACGGUAGCACAGGUCGAAUCACCCAAGACCGGGAAACAGCCGAUGCAGCGAAUCUAUCCCGUGCCGACGUCGGAUCCGGAUAAGUUCGACUACGACCGUAGCUCUGUAACCUCAUCCCGCCAAGAUGUUCCCCAGCGUGCCCGACCUGAGCCGGUCCCUAUUCAGCAGCCCAUUCCCAUUGUCCCUCUCCCAUCUAAGGUUUACGAUGCAGAGAGAUUCGAGGAGGAGGAGGAGGAGCGCCGGAGCUCCAAGCAACCCCGCCAGCUACCCAAAGGGAGAAGUGCUGCCGAGAAUGCCAUCGCUGGCGUAGGCGUCGCCGCCGCGGCUCUCGGUGCGACCAUGGCUGCUAACCGUAGAGAUCCGGGCGAGUACCUCGAACAUCACAACGAUCGUCGAAGCGAAGUGCGGGACUACCGUCGGGAGGAUUUCCACGAUUCCUGGCAAAGCCGCCGCAAAGAGGAUGAACCCGAACGUCCAGUAAGGAUCGAGCUGGAAGACCGCGACCCUCGUGAUCAGAGCUACGCCCGCCGGCCACAUCGACGCAAUAACGUCGAGAUCAUCGACGACCGAGACAAGCAUCGCACCGGUCGUUCUGAUCCCGCCUAUGAGGCCUUGAAGAAGCCUGACGUCAAGACUGACCCUCGCCCGGAGGUGUACAAGCUACCCCAAGGUGACGAGAUUCGAGUGGAGUUUGACCCAAAAGAUGACCGCCGGCCACGUGAGGAACCCAAGGAACCUCGUAGGGAUGACCGUAAGCCGGUGGUCGUGGAUGAACGCCGGGAUGCGAAGCGGGUAGAGAAGCCGACUGAGUCGCCCCGAGAGAAACAUGGGGUGGAGCAUCCCGAGGCCCCCAGUGCACAAGCCCCUAUUGACCCUUUCCAGUUCCAGGUCGCUGAUGAUGCCUUCCAAACGCCAAAGUACGCCACCCCAAAGAGGCCCUUGACUCCCCAGGUCGUGACCGUUGACCGCGAACCCAACUUUGACGACUCUCCGCCAAGAAAGCCCGACUACUCCGAAUCCCGAAUGAGCCGCAAAGACUCCUUUGAACUCGAGAAGCGCUUGGAGCAGUAUCAGCAAGGAGCACGAGACCAUUCCCGGACCCCUGAGGCACGCCACCGGGGGGACUCGCUCCAAGAAGAACAGCACGCUGCAAAGUCCAUCUACGACGAGGCAAAGCAUGCUACUGUGCCGAUAGCCGCAGCUGCCAUUGCGUCUGCCAUCGCCGUGGAAGAGGAGAGAUCGCGCAAGCACCGCAACGAUCAUGUGACCGAGGAUGGGUCCCGCGAUAGAUCUCGAGCCACCAAGGACGCGGUGCAAGAAGAGGCCGAUAGGUACUACCGUGAGAUUGCCAUCGCCCGCAAGAUUGCCAAGGACGAGAUUCGCUCACGCAGCGCGUCUCCCCAUGACGGGUCCGUCGUUGGCAAGUGGCAGGACCACGAUGAAGGGCCUGAUAUCGUCACGAUUGUAACGCCGCCGCAGAUGGACCACCCCCAUGACAAGAGCCCGUAUGACGCGCCCAACGCUGAUGUUCGUAUUGAUCAUGUCAUCAUCCCUGAUGAGCUUUCCCGCUUCCGCCUGCCCUACGGCCAGCUCGAUUCUGGCGCACAACCGAUUUUCCAAUCUCGCGAUCCUUCUGCCGAGCGUGAACGACCGCUGCUGAACCUCGUCCUUCCCACACCCGUUGUCACGCCACGCCACACGCCCGCCCCUGAGAAGCAAAGAGAAGAACAGCCCUCCAGCAGAACAAGGAAUUCUGAUCAAUCUAGAUCGGUUGAAGCACCUGAUGCGCCUUCAUCUAAAGCCGUCCCUGCAGCUGACAUUGUUCUUGGGCCUAGAGGUGAGGUCGUGGAAAGGCCAACGACACCCACAGCUAAGUCAGUCAGUUGGGGCGAAAAUGAGACGAAGAGCUUCCAGAUUGAGAGCCCAGAGCCUCCGAGAAAGGCGCCGUCCAGCACUUCUAGCAAGUCGAAAAAGAAGAAGAAACUCGGCAAGAGCUCACCAUGGGGCAUCAUCGCGGCAGGCGUUGCUGGUGGAGCUGUAGCCGCUGCAGUCUCCGAAGCCCCCGAGAUGCGCGAUCCUUUCGAAAGCAAGCCGGAAGAAGACAGGGAGAGACACAGUCCCCCAGAAUCACCCAAGUCUCGUAGCGUUGAGCCUAUGUCGCCCAUUCUUGAAUCUGCUCCGCCCAAGCUUACCACAUCGUUUGAGGAUGAGGCGGACUUGCCUCCGGCCCCCGGCCCAAAGCCGUCUAGCCCUCAAACAUCUAGAAUGCCUGGCGCCUUUGCGGAUGAUUUAGAAUUUGCGUCUGUGCUGGCUGCUGGUCUCCAAGACACUGGAUUUGACCCGAACAUUGUUAUUGAUAACCCCACCUAUAUGCGACGCGACAGUCCACCAGGACAGAGUGAGCCGGCUGUCUAUCAGCAGCCUUUCGCGGAGACUGUCACCGACCUGGGUAUAUAUGGGCCUGAUCAUACCCAUGAUGGGCCCAUUACGAUCGAUCGCGGCUUUGUCAUCGGCGAAGUGCCAGACACGCCAGUGGUUGAGAAGCAGUUGAACAACGGGCACGCGACCGACUCCCCUCGCGAAAUAGAGCGCCGUGACAAGGGCAAGGCCAAAGAACCACCCUUCAUAGAGCAGGAGCCGCCAGUUGAAGAAGCUCAGCCGUCGAGGAAGCUGAGUAAGAAGGAGAAGCGCAAGCAAAAGGCGUCGAAGAGGCAAAGCCUCGAUAGCACGUUACCCGGAGAGACAUACGAUACCCCCGAGUCCAGAUCACAACCUGAACCUACUCCUUCGUCUGCAACAACCCCUGUUUACCGAAGACCACACGGCUAUUAUGACGUUCCCGAAGCCACACCACAAGCUGAGCCCAACCCCUUCGCACCGAUGGACCACGCCUACGGCAGACCUCAUAGCUAUCACGAUGUCACUGAAGCUGCACCCCAACCUCCGCCAGCUCCUUAUUCGCAAACCAUGGCCCCCUACGAUAGACCUAACAGCUACGACGGUGAGCCUCCUAUAGCUUACCGAGAUCAGCCUGCUCCCUUUGCAGAGACGGGCCCUCCUUACGAGAGGCCACGCAGCUACUACGACACUCCUCAAAGCCCAGAGACCGUUGUGGCGCUUGGCCCAAAGACUCGUGGGUCCCAGGACGCACCUACCUGGGGUUUGCCCGCCUCUUCUGGGGCAACGAACCCUUAUGGUGAGACUCCCGCCUCUGGAGCAGUGGACCCCGAAGCCGCCCCAGCAGAUCAUGAGGCCUCUCCAUCUACGAAAACGAGCAAGAAAGACAAGAAAAAGAGUCGAGCCUCGAGAUCUGACAUCGUAGUCACGUACGAUGAUGAUGAUGAUGAGCCAACAGCCCAAGAGCCAUCUUCUUAUAACGAACCGAGCACUUCCCGCGAGAAGCUGCCCGAGAGGGAGUUGUACCGAUCCAGUGAGCCUCACGAGACUGGCGAAGAUGCGUGGGAGGAGUCUGCGAAGAAGAAGAAGAAGUCCAAGAAGUCCAAGCAGAGCUCAGAUGAAUGGACAGAUGUGGAGAAACAGAGCGAUUACACUGCGACUCCAACGGUCGAACGAAACAACACUCGCGAUGAUCUUGAAGGAUGGGACGAUGUUCCGGCCAAAUCUCAGCGGGACCGUUCCAAGUUCGAAGAACGAGAUGUGAGCUCUGUGGUGUCUGAUCCAUCGAGCAGGCGCGAGAAGUCCGACCGCCGUUCCAAGAGCAGCCGGAACGAAGACCGCGACGUGAGCUCCGUAGUCUCUGAUCCUGCAAGCCGGCGUGACAAAUCGGAACGUCAACCUCGAAGCAGCCGGUACGAUGAGGCAGACGCGAGUUCUGUGGUCUCUGACCCCUCGAGCCGACGUGAGAAAUCUGACCGUCGGUCCCGGAGCAGUCGGUUCGAUGAUAGGGAUGUUAGUUCAGUUGUGUCCGAUCCCGCAACACGGAGCGAAAAGUCAGAACGCCGCUCCAAAAGUCGCCGUGAGGACUAUCGGGACCCAGUCUCUGACCGUUCGUCUCGACGUGAGAAGUCUGACCGACACUCCAAUGGCCCUCGCUACGACGACGAUGCCAAGUCGGUGGUGUCCGAAAGCUCUGAACGCAAGAGACGUAGCCGGGACGACAAGAAGAGUCCCAAGGAAGAGGAGAAGCGCAGUAGCGGCUUCUUCAACAACCUGUUUGGAAAUAGGAGCAGCAAGGAUGUAUCUGGCAAGGAUGAGAAGUCGUCUUUUUUAGAUAAUGCCGGCACCCUUGGCGCGGGUGCCGGCUUGGCGAGCGCCGUGGCAGCUUUGGGCUCCAUGAUGUCCCGCUCCAACGCCACCGAACCGCAGUUGGAAGAGUCGUCAGAUGCUCCUCGAUAUCGCGAGAGAUCCGCCAGUCCCCCGCGAGACGUUGACAUUGUCGAUCCUGAGAUCGUGCCGCGGACUAUUAGACCUGCCAUCGAUCCUCAGUACGGAGACUUCCUCCCUCUGCCACCCAGCCCAAUGCCGCCCAGUACCCCUGGCUCCCCUACCCAGACAGAUCUGGAUGAGCUUCCCGCCUUGCCCGACAGCCGGCCGGAGACGCCACCAGAAGAGCGUAGGCGCCAGCACGACUCCAAGACGCCAAAGACACACGCGCGCAAGCGCAGCAAUAUGGAGACACCGACUAGAAGCCCAAGUCAGACUGCUGUUCCCUUCAAGCUGCGACUGGGGCAGAGGUCGGCGCCGUCGUCUCCCGGCACCUUUGGAGUCUCGCCCGCCACUUCCCCAGCGGUGCCGACGUCCCCCGAAACCACGCACAUCACCCCUCCGCACCCCGCUUCCCUUUCCAGACGCCCCUCGAGGCCCAUAUCGUGGGAGAGCAGUCGAGAAAUCAAGCCCCUCUACUUGCUCGAGCAGGCUCGUCAGGAAUCCGCAGCUCAGUCGAUGGAGCCACCCGUCGAUUUCCCCGAGCUGCCUCCGAGCGAGCCGUCCUCGCGGGAGUCUCCCGCACCGGAAUUCGCGCUGCGCGAUGACGAUGUGAACUAUUUCCAUCAGCUUCAGGCAUCGCCCUUUGAGCCUGACCUUCGCCUUGACACGGAUAUGUCAUAUUAUCCCGAACAUGCGAAGCGUCGUUUCAGCUCGCAGGAAACUACGCCAAAGGCAGAACAUGCAAUCCAGCAUGCUGGUGCCAUGUUCGAUGCGGCAUCGCCUGGUCUGCACGUCAUUCCAGACGCUCCAGACGCCACCCCUCGACGAUUGGAUCUCUCAAAGCAUGAGCUUGAGGACCUACCCGUUCUUCCUGCCAGUCCGUUGAUGUCGCCGACAUUGAGUCAAGGACCUGCUUCAGCAGCAUUCAUUUCUCAGGAGAGAGGCUUGCCAGACCCGGCAUCACCAGCCCUUCCUCCAGUUGCGGGAUCUGCCAUCACCCCGCCGGAGUUGCAAGACUUGCCGCCGCUUCCUGCCAGCCCCGUUGCAUCCCCAGCGACGGCGAUUGCUAGCCCUAUUCACCAUUCGGACAUUCCGGAGGCUAAGCUAGACCAGCUACCAGCUCUCCCCGACAGCCCUGCCACGUACGCAUCUGAGGAGCCCGAGCCGGAACAAGUAGAGACCACGUCCAAAGAAAGAAAAACACCAUCAAGCCCCACGCCUAACAGCUCUCGCGACGUUGCCGCUAUUUUGACCGAGGUUGAGUAUGAUGGUCACUCUAGCUCUCGCGAUGCUGCUAUUGGCGCUUUGUUGGGAGGUGCCGCGGCUGGUCUAGGGGCUGCCUACCUCGCAGACCAUGCCAGGACCCAAGACAACCCUACAGAGAUUGACCAAGAAGCAAAGGCCUUGGAAUCUCCCGAGCCAACGAUGCCACCGCUGGUUGAAGGGAAGAAGUCCAAGAAAGACAAAAAGAAGAAGAAGAAGGGCAAGGGUGCUUCAGUCGACGGUCCCUCUUCAGCUGAGCCUACUCCCGUUCUUGCGACAGAUACCGAUGGAGGCUUAGUGUCAAAUGAGCCUCUUGCAAUCGGCUCGAUAGAUGAGGACUUCUUGCCGUCAAGCGACCAUGCACGCACCAUGCCGACCGAAGAGCCGACCUUUGUCUCAACUGAAGCUGUUCCCGCUUCGCCAGUCGAUAGGGCUACGGAGCAGCCAGCCGAGGUUCCUUCAGUCGAAAUCUUCUCGAAUGAGCCUACUAGCGCGGACGUUUUGCCGCCACUGCCUGCUGCAUCUGCCGACGAAGACGCGCUUCUAUCAACCGAGUUUGCUCCCUCAGUUCAGCGUAUCGAUGAUGCGCUGCUUUCAACCAGGGAGAUUCAGUCUGUAGCGCCAAACGAUGAGGCCCCCGUCGCGGUCGAGGAGGUUCCAUCUGUGCCCAGCGAUGGUGCUGAUGCUGGCAAAUCCCCAGCAGAAGAAAGCGUCUCUGUGGGUCGCAAUGCUCUGGUCGACGAAACAGCCCUCGAACCUGCCACACCCGAGCCUUCCCCCGAGGACAGCGCGCCCGAGAAGAAGCUGUCCAAAAAGGAAAGAAAGCAACUCAAGAUCAAGAAGGCUUGGGAGCAGGCUCAGGCCGAGAUGCAGGAGCUCGAACGAUCCGGUGGGUCGACCGAGCAGAAUAGCAAGGCCACCUCCGAAGCAGACACGACGCCGCCCUCCGCUUCUGCGCCCAAGUUUGAGCAGACUGCGAAGACGACUGAGGUUGAACGAGCUGCGGCUAUCCCGUUGCCGGAAGCCUCGGAUGAGGUUGUCGAUGCUCCUCUGGACUCUUUGGCUGAUGUCGAGUACAAGCCUGAGAUCGCCAUCGACACAGAGGGACAGUCGACUCCCCUUACCGUGCUUGAAGAGGCGGCGGCUAUCCCCCUACCGAAGGCCUCGUCCGACGAGACCUUCGAGGCUCCCUUGGACUCUCUUGCCGAUGUCAAGCACGAGCAUGAGAUCGCUUUCUACACAGGGGCUACGUCAACUUCCCUGCCAGUUCUUGAAAAGGCUGCAGAGGCCCGUGAGGUCAAGCAGACUCCGGCUGAGCCGCUCCCUGAGAACGUCCAAGAGAUGCCUUCGUUGGAUACGAAGGAGCCCUCAGAACAGGUCAAGGCUGAAGAGCAAGUCAAGUUCGAGGAGAAGCCUAAAGUUGAAGAGGAUCCCUUUGCCGGCUUGAGUAAGAAGCAGAAGAAAAAGAAGAUGGCAGCCAUGGCUGCCGCCGCCACCGCCGCCACCGCCGCUGCCAUCGCUACUACCGAAGCUGACGCCUCUGAAGCCAAGACCGCCCCCAUCUCUUCAAGCCCUCCACCCGGAGCUAUCUUGGAGCCACUAUUCGAUGCCAAAAAGGCUACGGAGACCACGGAAGCCGAAAGAGCUGCGGAAGUGCCUCUCCCUGAACUCUCGGAGACCGUUCUGGAAACUUCUUCUGAGCCAGUAGAUGCUACCAAGGAGAAAGAGUUAUCCGAAGCCGAAAUAGCUGCUGCUGUUCCACUCCCCGAGCACGUCAAUGAGUCGCUGGAACCGUUGAUUGAACAGGCUAAGCCUGAAGAGCAACCAGUGGUUGACGUGGAUCCCUUUGCUGGCUUGAGCAAGAAGCAGAAAAAGAAGAAGAAGGCUGAGGCUGCUGCUGCUGCCGCCGCCGAAGCCACUGAAACCAGUAAAACGGUGGAAGUAGAGCAGCUUACCGUCACGCCACCCUCGGAGUCCGUCGAAGAAACACAGUUGGCUGUUGAAGCGACUGCUGCUGCUGAAACCAACCCCUCUCAAGCUAAGGAACCAACCGAGCCUGAGCAGCUUGUAGCCACUUCUCUCGCGGACGUGGAGGAGAAGCAGCCUGAAGCAGAACCAGAGCAGCCCAAGGUGGAUGAAGACCCGCUUGCGGGUUUGAGCAAAAAGCAGAGAAAGAAGAAGCUGGCUGCGAUGGCCGCCGCGGCCGAGUUGGCUGCCGCAAAAGCUAGUCCUGCCCAAGCCAGUGAGAUUCCCAAGGCUUCAGAGUCUAUUCCAGAACCUCCUCAGGUCCCUUCUGCCGACGGCCAGGAGAUCAAGGAUACGAAUGAAGCCGAACAACUCCCAGUACUCCCUGUCACCGAGGUACCAGUCACCGUCACGAUCAAAGAUGUGGCCCAAGAGCCAGUGCCUAAGGCCAAUGUUCUGAAGGAGGAAGUCGAGGCUGAAUUUCCUGCUACUUCCUCAACUCCUGAUUCUUCAGUCCCUGACACUAAGAAGGGUAAAAAGAAGAAGAAGGGGAAAAAGUCUAUGGAUGUGACAAAUGAGCCUCUACCAUCUAGCUCGGCCCCUGAGCCCUUGACUGUCUCUUCUGAAUCAGGCACUCCCGCACCAGAUAACGAAGCUAGGUCCCUGAACGCUGCUGGCGACACUGUGCCCGAACAGCGAGAGUCAAUUGUCACCACGAACGAGGUCCAAGACCCCGGUUCCGUUUCCGAGGCACCAGAGAUUAAGUUAAGCGAGAUCCAAGACAAGUUGCUUGGCCAGCAAUAUGGCCAAGGCUCAGAGGAAAAGCCCAUUGCGCUAUCGGGAUCACCACCGCACCACUUCGAGUCCAACGACAAGUCACUUGACUUAUCUGAUAGCUUGGCUGAGCAGCAGACUGUUACUCUUGGCCAAAAUGACAAACCCGCCGACGCCGACAUGACCAUUCCCGAAGCGCAGCCUGCACCUUUGGCACAGGAGGAAGUCUCACCCAACCCGGAAGACGAUCCAUGGCAGCUAGAUGAGGACCCCUGGCAACAGCAGCCUUCUGUCUCUGGCCUAGCAGACAUCUCUGCUGCAGAGAGCAAUGAGGCUUCACAACAACCGGCAGCCGAACAAAUCACUGACGAGAUCUCUGUCGAAUCGCGUGGGGCAGAGGAUCCAGCUGAGAUUUUCUCUGCGCCGUUAUCCAAGAAGCAGAAGAAGAAGCUGAAGAAGUCCAAGAACGACCAGACUGCAGAAACUGAAGAUGUGAUUGAAGCUGACGCAAAGCCUUCAUUUACCGAAAUAGCCGCGAGCACAGAACCUUCUGCAUCAGGCUUGGACGUCGGACCAAACGAUUACGACACCUCUCAAGCUCUCUCCGCGGAGGCUGUCGUCGAUAACACAACGGCGAAAACGCCUGUUGUGAAGACACCCGAGGAGACGUCUGCUUUACCCAAUGCCGAACCAGAUGCUACUACUGUUCCUCUUCCAAGGGAAGAUGACAUCGCUGAGCAGGCACCUGAACAAGCUAUUGCCGAAGCGGAUGCUGCGGCAGUGCCUCUUCCGGAGGAUGUUGCCGAAAAGACUGACGAAGUACCCGAACCAGCUUCGGCUGAGAGGGAUGCUGCCGCGGUACCACUUCCGGAAGAUGUCACUGAGGAAGCUUCCGUUCCCGCCCUUGAAACUUCUGACAAUGUGCCAGCUGUCGUAGACGACAGCGCAACGGCAACUUCUGAGCCUCCUAUUCUGAGCGUGAUGUCGCCACCGGCUGAGCCCGUUCAAUCCGAAGCGUCCGGGAAGAGGAAGAAAAAGAAGAAGAAGGGCAAGGGUACCUCGCUGUCGCAGUUGGACGACGUGAUGUCAUCCGAGUCGACGCCUCUGCAAUCCCCAGGCGUUCAGACUCCUACCACUGAGGUCCCUUCUACUAAGGCUACUACUACUGAGACUCCCGCCUCCGAUGUCCGUGUUGGUGAAGCUCCCGCCAUCGACACCCCGGCGUUCGACGCCUGGGGAAUCGAGAGUCCUGCUCCCGAGUACUUUGCCGACGCCCCUACCACUGAGGUCCCCUCUGUUCAGGCUCUUUCUAUCGAGACUCCUGCCGUCGAGACUCCUGCCGUCGAGACUCCUGCCGUCGAGACUCCUGCCGUCGAGACUCCUGCCGUCGAGACUCCUGCCGUCGAGACUCCUGCCGUCGAGACUCCUGCCGUCGAGACUUCCGUCGAGACUCCGGCUGCCGAGACUCCGGUUGUUGAGACCCCGGAAGUUGAGACUUCGACCACUGAGGCUUUGCCAUCGCAACCUCUCUCAGCUGAAGGCUUCGUCACUGAUAAGGCAUCCACUGAAGAGCCAGCGGCCGAGGCAUCCGUCUCAGAAGUUCCAACCAUAGAGACAGUCGCCGAAGACCUAUCCAGUGGAAACAAUAUUACCGAUGCCGACGCCUUUGAACCCAUCCGCGCGAACGCACAGCAAUCGGAAGAUACCGUCCUGCAGACCAACAAGCCAGACGUACCGGCUGAAACGGGCCCUUCCACAGCAGAGGCUCCUGAGACUCCUACCUCUUCUACCCUUCCCGCCGAGCAACCGCAAGAUUCGACUCCGACCGAGGAGACUUCCAAGUCCUCUAAGAAAUCAAAGAAAAAGAAGAAGAAGGACAAGAAGGCAGUCGAAGAGGACCCGGAAGCUAGCACAGUCGUCAACGAUGAGCUCCCUAUCGCACCUGCAGACAUCGCUUCAUCUAACUCAGCUACUGACGAGAAAUCCCCUGUGAUUGAUGCGCCAGAUGAGCAGAAAUUGGUUGACACAGCCGAUCAAUUCCAGCCGAUCGAUGUCAACGUAGCAAAUUUCGCCGCGGAGGAGACAGCUCAAGCGGGAUCUCAAACGUCAGCAAUGACAGAAAGCCAGGACGAAGCCUUCCUCACACCUCCGCAAGAUCCUGCCACUCCUAUUAGUCCGGAUGAGGUUUUCGAGAAUGCUUCUCAGGAGCCGACGUUGGUCGACAGCCAAACUGCUUCACUUGACUUCAAACCGCAAGAAUCAUUCGCCGAGGACCAGCAGAACCGUGGUCUGGACUCUCCAAUUGAAUCGGAAGCACCAUCAUCCAAUAAGAGCAAGAAGAAGGCCAAGAAGGCUGCUGCUGCUGCCGCUGCCGCUGCAGCCGCCGCUGUCGUCGCAUUGGAACCAACUGUUGAGGACGCCGCCAAGGAUUCGGACAAGAAGGAUACAAUGGACGAGAAGGUUACGGACGAGUCGAUCCCAGACAAGACAAUCACGGACAUUGGAGACUCGAACACAAUUUCAGACAAGACUGGGGAGAUGGAGCAAUCAUCGCAAGAACCCCCCGCGAGCGGAGAAUUCGCUACGGACAGCAAGAUUUCAGAGGAGGCAGACCCAGGACCAACUGUUAACAAAAAGGGAAAGAAGAAGAAGAAGGGCAAGAAGUCUUCCACCCUGGACCCGGAGAGUACCCUCGAAAACUCGACAGAUGUAGCGAAUACAAGAGAACAGUCCGCUUAUUUGACCUCUCCAUCGGGAGAGCUUAGCAGUGACGAAAUCCCCUUCCCGCAAGCAGAUACGUCGACAGAGGCUGAGUGGCCGACUGCUACAACUGCGGGCAAGAAGAAGAGGAAAUCCGUGACCUGGGCACCUGAACUGGAGUCUUUCUCGACCAUUGUUGAGCCUGAACUGCCUCAUAAAGACGAAGCUGGCUCGGAGACGGCAAGCAACACGGAAAGCGAUUCCAUCAUUGAGGCAUCCACUGCAACCGAGCUAAGCUCGGCUGAGGAUGCUUCAAAGACAGGGGACUUGCCCGAAGCAGGCAGUCAAGGCGACGUUUCGGCCUCGCAAGGCAUCGAUAUCGACCAAACAGCCACGCCCGGAGCGGAGAAGGAUCUCGACUCCGAUGGCCAAGCACAGAUGCACCCUGCAAUCGAGGCUUUGCCCACACUGCAAGACACCACCCCGACCCCCGGCGACGAAGUUCCGUCAUCUGCUGGGCUGAACACAACGCGGGGAGUUGCAGGCGAGCCAAUGGACCUUCAGCCUGAACAGCCCUGGUCUGCGUUUGGGGAGCCUUCAGCGACUGCGUCUUCCAGUGAGGGCGGCGCAGAAGUGGCCAACGAGAAGGGCGGUGAGACAUUAGAGCGGGAGGUGGACGCGGAGCAGGUGGCUAGCACCCAGGCUGGUGCAACAUCGGUCCCCGAAGCUGCGGGCCGCCCUGACACCAUUGACGAACCAUCAACGGGAACCAACGCUCAAACGGGAGAGGUCGGCAGCCAGGACCCCGGCCUGCAUGUGGGUGUGGAGCCGAUUGACGACAAAUCACUGGAGAACACGCAAAACGGGCGGAUAGCGGAUGCCCAACCCGUGGGACCGGCCCUCACCGACUCGGCCCUGGAGGCUGGAGGUCCACUUUUACCCCCGGUCAUAGCCUUGGCGAAUCAAGACACAAACACGGAGAUCCCCCAACCUCUAGGACAGACCCUUUCGGAAGACGUCCAACUAGACAAGAUCUCAAACGUCGAAAAGAAAGAAGAAAAGAAGGACCAGCGAAAGGAAUUCGAUCCUCUCGCGGCCAAUGCUGAACCCCCGGGCCAGUCAGACAAUUCGGAAUCGUUGGGUCAACCGAUCACUCCGGAGCCGCAACUAGAGCCGCUUUCGGAGACCCUCCCCAGCGUUGAAUCGACAGGGGACCCGAGCACCGCCCAGGACCCCGACCAGACCGAGUUACAAGCCGGUCAGGGAGACGACAUUGGUUCUGAGCCCUCAAGCUCGAGCAAGAUGUCCAAGAAGGACAAGAAGAGCAGCAAAAAGAAGACCAAGGCCGCAGCUUCCGAACCAAUCCCUCAGGAUGAUGUCCAAAAUCUCAAGUCACAGAUUGUGGACGACGGAGCCCCGGCUGUCAAGGCCAUUGAUGAACAGGUCCAAGCAUCGGAACAGGCGGGGCCGGAACCCUCGCUGCCCGUUGCGGACGCCCUGGAGGCGGCCGCCGUAACAGAAGCAAUUGAGGCUGGCGAGGAUGAAUGGGCAGUUCAGCCAGCUGGCAAAAAGAGUAAAAGAGACAAGAAAAAGAAGGCCGCAGCUCAAGCGUCUGCUGUAGUGGAAGAGAAAAGCACCGAGUCUGCACCUGAAACGCGCGAGAUUGCUGCUGAGGCGGAAGCUACUUUGCAAUCCUCAGGUGUGGAUGAAGCCUCCAGGGAGGAUGAUACUGGUGACCACCAGCCAACCCACGUGGGAACAACAGAGGUCCCCACGGAUGUUCUGGGAAGUGCAGAGUCCAAGAAGAGUGAAGAGACGCAAAUCCCUGCGGAAAGCAUAUCGGAGGAGGUUCAAAGUUCAUUACUAUCAACAACAAAAGAUGAGCUGCUAGCCGAACCCGCAGAGGCUGACAUCAAUGAUUUUGAGCCGACCAAGAAAAGUAAAAAGGACAAGAAAAAGAAGAAGAAGCAGCAAAGCCUUCAAUUGGAUGAUAGUCGGGAACUUCCUCAGUCGCCGACUCAACUAGAGGAGUCAUCUGAACACCAAGAAAGGGCGACCCCAUCUGCUUCUCCUGAUGACGUCUCGUUGCCUGACGACACAGCACAGAAGCCUUCUGAAGAUGGUCGUGCUUCAUUGGAUACGGCACCUGAAGACCUGCCAAAGGCCGAUGCCCAGGACGACCUGAAGUCUGAGGAAGCACCUCCGACCCAAGACUCAACAGCAACUUUGCAGCCUACCGACACGGAAGUAGGAGCCUCCCUCAACCCUACGACUGAAGAACCUCAAGUCAGUCAGGAAACACCAUCAGAGCCUCUCAGCCAAACAGAUCCUACUCCAGCGGCGACGAUCGAGACGCCUGCAGAUAGCACCAGUGCACUGCCGGAAGAAGAACUCCCGGCUGUUACGAGGAAGUCUAGGAAGGACGAGAAAAAGAAGAAGGAUCUCGCUUCUAGCACCCCCGAUGAGGCGCCAGCGACGUCGUACCCGGAGCCUGUGGCCAAGGAAAUUGACCUGCUGGACGUAAUGCAGACUUCCGAGCCGUCAACCAUGCCUGCCGUUGAACCGGCCGCAGAAGAGUCAAGCUCCAAAGCAUCGGAGGACGUAACUAUCCCAUCAGAGGUAGCAGUAAUCACCGAGUCAAGAGCCAUCACUCCCGAGGGUCCUGCCAUUGAAGAACAAUGGUCGACGCCUAUAGCGGAAGAGGUCGCCACCUCGAAGAAAUCGAAGAAGGGCAAGAAGAAGGACAAAAAGGACGCUAAGCUUGAUGCUUUGGACGAGCAACUUCCGAUUUUAGAGACAGGAGCUACGCCUUUAUCGAUACCUGUGCUGCAGCAGAAGGAAACUCGCGAGGAAGCCGUCGUUUCUGGUGCCGAGGAGAGUAACCAGCUGAAAGACACAUCGGAAAAGCCCGCACUUCCAACAGAGACUAUCCAACAGACAGGGGUUCCUGCCGAAACGGAGCCCGAGCAAGAAACGACUAUCGAAGAGAAGACGGCACCGGAAUCGGAACAGCCUGAGGUCGAGGAAGAUCCCUUCAAAGACAUGAGCAACAAACAGAAGAAGAACAAGAAGGCAGAGAUCGCUGCCGCUGCUGCCCUGGCCGAGACUGCUACCGAGCCGGUCGUUGUUGCUGAAACCGCUGCCGAGGAGCCUAAGGCGACCACCGAGGAACAAUGUGCCAACUCCGCGCCUGCUGUUGAGAGCCCUGCCGGGGCGCAGUGUACUGAUGGGAACACCAUCGAGGAGACUUCUGUGCCAGAGCCACAACCCACAGAGGAACCAGUGAGUGCCCCAGAGGCUGCAGCGAAGUCAGCGGAGCAGCCAAAGAAUGAGGAGGGCCCGUUCAAGGGUAUGAAUAAAAAGCAGAGGAAGAAGAAGAUGGCCGAGAUGAAGGCGGCCGCCCAAGCUGCUGCCGCUGCUGCCACUGCUGCCGCUUCUGUCGAGGCUGAGAAGACACCGGAAGACAACGCUGCUGAGGAGAAACCUGCCGACGAUACUCCCAUUGAGCUGCACCCCGCAGAGGACGUGCUGGCCGAGGAGAACUCCACCGACGAGACCUCCGCCGAGAAGAAGCCUGCUGAUGGGAAGCUUGCCAAUGAGAAGACGCUUGUCGAAGACACGACCGCUGAUAAGACUCCCAUCCAGUCGUUAAUCGAGAAGCAGCCUGCAUCGGAGCCAGAAGGCGCAGCGGAGCCAGAUAUUGGGUCAGAGCCAGGAUUAGAGCCAGCCAAAAUUGAGGAGGAUUCUUCCAAAGGUCUGCACAACAAGCAAAAGAAGAUGAAAGCCGAGGUAGCUGCCGCCGCUAAGGCCGCUGAGGCCACUGCCGCUGCUGAGGCUGUCUCAGAGGCCCUGGAGUCAUCCUCCAAGCAAAAAGCGGCCGAGGAUGAGAUGCCCGCGACAAUCAAACUUGCCGACGGGGAGCCUGUUGCUCAGGGUGUCGAUACAAAAGAGCCUCCAUCCGAAUCAAAGUCGGUGCCUGAACCGGAGCCCGAGCAGCCUCAAACCAAAGAGGAUCCUUUCGCUGGCCUGAGCAAGAACGGGAAGAAGAAGGAGAUGGUUGCGAUGGCUGCCGCCGAGGCCGAAGCAAAGCCUGUGGAGCAGGUGGUCUAUGAAGACAAGGUUUUCGAUGAGACACCUGCAGAGACUCUCGCCGAGGAUAAGGCUAUUGAAGAGACGCCUGCUGAAGCCCCGGCCGACGAGAAGGUGCCUAUCGACCACAAAGCCACCGAUGAGAAGGAUGUGGAAGACUCUCUUGUUGCAGAGGCGUCCCAGGUCGACGAGGACCCCUUCAAGGGGCUAAGCAGUAAGCAGAAAAAGAAGAAAAUGCGUGAGAUGGCGGCUGCUGCUGCUGCUGUUUCUGAGGCUGCCACUGCUGAAGCUUCACAAGUCUCUAAAGAAAAGCCUGAUGAAGUGGAGUUUGAGAGCAAGGCCACCGAGGAAAUGCCUGCUGAGGAAACGCUUGCCGAGGAGACUACUGAAGAGAAGCCCGCCGAGAAGUCCGAGUCGGAACCGCUAGCCAUCGAAGAGGACCCUUUAAAAGGUCUGAAUAAGAAGCAGAAGCAGAAGAAGGAGAUGGUCGAGAUGGCUGCUGCCGCCGAGGAAGCUACCCCCGAAGCGAAGGACGACCAUCACGACAAGGCCGCCAGCAAUAAUGCAGACAUCCCAUCCGAGCAGUCCCUCGCACCCGAAGCAGAGACUGCUGCGACAUCUGAUGACACUCCCAAGGAUGCGAGCCCAGUACUUAUUGAGGUGAAUCAUGCACCAGAAAAGGCUGAGAGCCAAAACGAUACUUCCGCACCUCCAGAUGUCAAUGUUGAUGAUGAAUCCCCGGUGAUCGGCAAGAAGGCGAAGAAAGACAAGAAGAAGAAGAAGGGCAAGGCCUUGAUCAUGGUUGAGACCGAACCUUCGACUGAGACUAUCACUCAAACGACCGAACCAACCACAGAGCCAUCUGCCGAAGCGGCUGCCGAGCCCAUCCGUGAGCCUUUGAUGAGCGACCCUGUCGGGUUCGUCGAGCACACAGAUGCUGCAGUAGAGGAACCUUCCACAUCAAUGCCAAGUGCUGCAGUUGACCAGCAUGCCGAACGGUCGAUGCAGCUUGAGAACGCCGAAGAAUCUCGUGAGGAGCCAGCCAAAGAGUCAAUCGAAAUGGCGGUAACAGAGAAGUCUUCCCGUGCUGCCCAAGACUCUCCUCAACCUGUGGAGGAUUAUUCAUCCCCGAAGUUGUCAAAGAAGGACAAGAAAAAGAAUAAGAAGGGCAAGCUUCAAGACGACUCGAAAACCCCCUCUGGAACCGCAACGCCCACUGCCGAAGAGCCCUCAGAGCCCGUCGGCGGAUUCGCUCCUGAUGUUAAAGAAGCCACAGGCGCAACUACCACCGAUGCUCCGUCACUGAAACCAACCGAAGCAAGCAAGGAGGAUUCGGUAGCAGAAUCAGUAGCCCAAGGAGAUGCCAUCACUGCAGGCGCAGAAGAGGCGGCAAAGAUGGGUAGCGGGCCAUUUUCUGUGCCUUCUGACGUUGAUGAGGUUAAGGAGAUGCAAUCAGCCGACACAGACUCGCAGACUAUCGCGACAGAGGUUACCACAGCUCCGGUGGAGGAAUCUUCCGCUGAAAAACCUAACAGGACGCCUGUCGAGUUGGCUCCCGUCGAUGGCCCCAUUCAGACACCUAUCGAGGCUUCCAACGAGAGUCCAAACCUCGAAUUCUCAGCCUUCCAGAAGAAGUCGAAGAAGGACAAGAAGAAGAAGAGCAAAACUCAGGAUGACUUUGAGAUCCCAUCGGGAACUGCCACCCCAGCUGAGGAGGCACUUCAGCCCGUGAGUCAACAAACGCAGUUGCCCAAUGUAUCCGUCGAGCCGGCAGAGACUUCUGCAGAUGCCAAAUCACCCGAGGCUGAGCCAAUCUCGGCCCCAAUCGAAGAGGUGGAAGAUCGCUCUAUCGAGAAAACCAUCGCACGAGCACAUAUACCCUCGAACCAACUGGAUACUGCCAUUGAUCCAGAUGCCAUCGCCAAGGAUUCCCAGCUUCCAACUGGCGGACCAGUUGAGGAAGAAUGGCCCGAGAGUGUGCCUGUCAAGAAGUCCAAGAAGGAUAAGAAGAAAAAGAAGAAGUCCAUGGCCGAAGAGGAUUUCGAUCUUGCAUCUGGAACCGCCACCCCGAUGGAGACAACCAUUGAAGACACCGAGGAGGACGUGACACAUGCUGACAAUGCUACCACUACCAACAGAUCUCUGGCCUCUGAUAAGAUGGUUUUAGAGAUCCCACCGGCCGAGCAUCCUGUGGAAGCGUCACUUGAGGGCGACUCUGCAGAAGCCUUAGUGCAGAAGGAAGCAAGGUCUUCACCUGCGCAUGAGGGCCCGCGGGAGCAUUCUUCAGCACCGACGGUCGAGGACCAGCCCCAACCAUCAACCGAGUCCAAAUCUCUUGACCUUGAGACCGAGAAGAGCCCGGAAGACACGCCUGCUGCCGAGGAGCCAUCAGAGUUCGUAGUCAAAAAGUCCAAGAAAGACAAGAAGAAGAGAAAGUCUACCUUGGUUGAGCUCGAACCUAUCGUCCCAGCUGCUGAAAAACAAGGUACCGCGUCGGAAAGCACUGCCGCCAAUUCAAUCGAAGAGCCCAGCACUGCAGAGCCUAUCAUUGAGAGCUCGGCCGUCGAGCCUGUAGAGGAAACGGUCCUGCCUGCUGAGGACUCGCCCGAGGCAUCAACUUCGAAGAAGGGUAAGAAGAACAAGAAGAAGCAGUCUCUCUCAGUUGAGCCCGAGGUUGAGACCACUCGCACAGAGCCCGAGAUCAUCUCCGAUGCGCAGGCGGCUUCGGUGGUUCACGAGACCCAACCCACAGUUGUCCUCUCACAAGAUGACCAGCCUGAGCAACCAAAGGAAUCAGACGAACCAAUGAGCACUCUGGGCCUUGAACCCAAGCCGAAUGUUCUGGACAGCCAGCCUGAUGCUGCAUCUUCGAUUCAGCAAGAAUCCGUCGCUCCCAUCUCAUCUGAGAGACUCUCCGAGGAUCCUUACGAUCAACUCCGUCCAUCCGAAACGCCUGACGUCGUGGCCAAGCCAGAGGUCGUGCCCUAUACUGGCCUUGCUGAUUUCGCACCUGCGAAGAAGAACAAGAAGGACAAAAAGAAGAAGCGACAGAGCCUGGCAUUUGACGACGCUGAACACGAGUCGCCCUUGGCAUCUGACACGGCAAUAUCCAAGCUUGAGUCGACUGAGCAGCAGGAUAUCGAACCAACACUGGGUCGCCAGUCUCCAAUUGAAGAGCUUGCCUCGAGAACCGGAGACUAUGUUGCGACCGACAAGCCGGCAUCGACAGAUGACAAUAUCGCAGCGGACAGGUCCCUCGAGUCCACAGGUGCUCAUCAGCCUCUGUCCACUUCCGAUGCAUCAGCAAGCCCCGACAAGAUGGAUGCCUUGACCCCUGACCACCACCGAGACCUCGACCAACCCCAGACAACAGUUGAGAACGCACCGGCUGCUGAACCUACAUCGGAGAAGGCAAUCGGAAAUGAGACAUUCCCUGAUGAUACCCUGGUGGAUCCGGUCUUGCCCAGCGCUCCAUUGGACGUAACCGAGCAGGACGACAUGCGGAGCUUUGAGGAACCAAGCGUACCAAUUAUCCUGAAGAAUAUGUCCCCUGAGGAGCCUGAAGAGACAUUUGGUCUCGAGAAGUUCAAAAAAGACGACAAAAAGCGCGACAGCCAGGUGCAGCUCGACGAGCCGGCCACGCCCUCUCUCGAGACCACAGAACCCUCUGAACAGGCGACUAUCAUCGAGCCAGCGCCUGAUGUCAUCCCUGAGGGAAUAUCUCAGGAACCCGGCGAGGUUGAUGUUGCGCCGCAAGAACCAUUUGCGGAGGAGCUCGUCUCCAAGAAGUCGAAGAAAGACAAGAAGAAGCCCAAGCGGCUUUCUUUUGCGGAAGAACCAGCAACGUUCCUCGAGGAGCAGACGAGCGCCCCAGCCCUACCCAUAAUUGAGAGCGGUCAUAACCCAACGAAGACAUCAGAGAACUUUGCCGACACCACCACUGACGCUGAUGUUGCCAAGACCUCGUUUCCUUUGGAAGACGUACUUCAUCAGACAACCAGUAUAGUCGAACCAGAAUCAACGCCUCAACCCAUCAUUGCUGGUGAUGAUGAAUGGGACAUCCCCGCACCCAAAAAGUCGAAGAAGGGCAAGAAGGGCAAGAAACAGUAUACAACUCUGGACCGCUCACCCAUCAGCACCAACUUACAGUCGGAACAAGAACCGUUUGUGCCUGGGCCCGGCCCAUCUGAAAAUGCGACAGGCCAGGUUGAGUAUUUCGACAGUGCACCGCGCGAUAUCACUCGAAGCCCUUCAGCGCCACCGCCUCCAGAGACCGCAUCUGCCCUCGAAUCUCCUGCAGACAUUGUUCCCGAGCCUACCAAUGUCAAUACCCCAUCGCCUACGUCGAACAAGUCAGUGGACAUCGAUCUCACUCCCGCACAAGAGACCAGCACCGUCGUUCACGAACUGCCUUUUGAUCAGCCAAACAAGCGCAAGAAGAUGAAGACGAGAGAGUUAUCCGACACUCUUCUCCCAGAGCCGAUCAUUAGCUCUCGAGACGUUGCUGCUGCGUACUUUGAUGACCACAAAACCCCUGUAGAGGGCAUCAGCAAAGCUGGAGAUGAACUCCCUACCCCUGAAGCCGACGUACCUCGUGAGCAAGAGAUUUCUGGGCCGACCGCGGGCAAAGAUGAGUCUCUUCGGGAAUCAGAACCGGCCACGUCUCUGGACAUCGCUGCUUCGUACAUGGAGCACAAGUAUGACCAUAAGCCGGUUGAACCUGUUCAGCAAAGCAUACCAGAGAAGAAGGCAUCCGAGUCGUUGGGCAUUGGCGCCGCAGUAGGGGCAGCAGCAGUUGCUGCUGGUGCUGCAGCCCUUGCCAGCAAGUCUAGCAGUAAGAAGAAGAAGGGAAAGAAAUCAAAGUACGAGGAUAUACGCGCGGCGCAAGAGGAAGACAUGUUCGAUGAACCUUCUCUCUGGGAAGGUGCCGAUAGAAAAGAUGUCAACGAAAUUGCAACCAAGGAGGUGGAGGACUUUUGGGGCGGCGGUGAGGAUGCUGCUGAUGACCACAUGCCGGAGCCAUCAGCCAGGACGAGCAUGGCGGCGGACGACGUCUUUGGUCCCUCGCUUCAAAGAAAGGAGGACAUUCCGAGCCAAACACAGGAGACCAUUUUCCAUGAACAAAAGCCCGGCGCGUCUCCAGCAUCACGAAGCUUGGAAGAAGACGUAUCGAAAGGAACGACACAGGAGAAAGACAAGGCGAAGGAUGUUUUGAGUCUCGUAGCACCGCUCAAGGGAAAGGCUCAGGAUGACAACAUUGAGAGCCCGAUUCUCGGCAGAGAGAUCGGAGCAGAACAGGCAAGCGAGUCUACAGGCAUGACGACACAACAGCGCUCAUUGAGCCGAGGCGCAAAAACACCCAUGAAGAAUACUAUGGUCAGCGAGAUGGACGAAGCCGUCGACCGUGGGUUCGAGGCCGAGGCCCGUCGCGACCUAUUCGUUGGACGUUCUCCAAACAGCCCUGAGCGGACCUUCGAGAUGAGCGGUUUCCGGAGCCCGGUGCCGAGCAUCUUGCCGCCUGUUCAGGAGGAAGGUCACGAUGGGAGCGAUCUCGAACCUCGAUUGUUGUACAGACCUGCUUCUCGCACAACCACGGGCUCACCGGACCCAACCCGAGACAGCGGGUUUGUACCCAGCUCGCCUCACCCGCUCAGAAAGGGCGGGUUCGACAAUGAAGAGCAGCGAGACAGCGGCAUUCACCUUCGGGACUGGCAGGGACAAAGAUCACCAGUCCGGGAUGGGCGCGGGACUCCCGAGUUGAGGGUUCAUAGAAGCGAAAGACGACGAUCUCGAGAGCUGGAGAGAGCGAAGUCCCCAGAAAAAGUGUCAGUGAUUGACGGAGAGGCUCGCGAUCACCCACUUUCCAGGACGCCAGUACUACGAGAACCUGCAGCACGGGAGCUAACUCCAGAGCCGCAAAAGUACAAACGGGGCAUCAGCCCGGAGCUCGAGAGACGAAGAAACAAGUAUCAGGACCUGGCGUCGGCUGCCUUGGCUGGUGCAGCAAUCAGCAGCACUGUCUCGUCACCACGCAGCACUCCCCCACCAGGUAAUCGCAGCGUUUCCGACAGGGUCGCACGGCUGCAGCCGUCAGCGCCUACAGAGCCUGUAGCGCGCAGAUCCAUGUCCAACAGCAGCCUGUCACGGCACCGACGGGCCAUGGGGACGCCAACGCCAGAACCACUAACGUUGCGGCCUGAGAGCCCAGGCAUCAAACGUUCAGGCAACGCCACCCCGCCUCUUCGCCGGGUCGACAGGCGUGUAAGCGGAGACCUGCGAUCCAUCAGCCAACGAAGUCAGCUUGACCUCAACAAGGACCCGACCAGCUCCUCCAACACCCCCGUCGCCAACGAAGGUCGUGUCCGUACUAAGGACAUGGCCGACGUCUUUGAUGGAUUCGGUGAAGGCCGCAUCGGCUCUCCCCGAUCGCCUACCCGACCACACAGCAUGCGGCGUCGCCAGAGCAUGCAAGUCCUCGAGCUCGAGUCUCGCGUCGAACAAUUGAUGGCCGAGAACCGGAUGCUCACAGACGCCAAAUCCCACGCCGACUCUCACAACAGCAACAGAGCCUCUGGUAUUCUGGCAGAGCGCGAUGCCGAAAUCGACGUCCUCAAGCAAUCGCUCGAAUUUCUACAAAAGGAGGUCGCCCGGUUGACAGAGGUCAAUGAGGGCUUGAACAGCGCCAAUACCCAACUUGCUGCCCAACACAGUGAGCGAUAUCGGUCAUUGGAGACCCAGCACUCUGAAGCCUCCAGACAAUUGGAGCAAGUGCGCAACGAACAAAACCACUUCCAGGAGUCACUACUACAGAAGGAUGCCGAGAUUGGCCGGCUACGCUCCGAGCUCGAUGCGGCCAAGGACAAGAUUCGACAGAUGCAGCGCCAGAUCCUGGCUACCAAGGGCGCCGACAGCGAUUUCCUCAAUGUCAAGGACGUCGACCACUUUGACCAUAGAUGUCAGCAGCUCUGCUCUCACGUACAGCAGUGGGUUCUGCGCUUCUCCAAGUUCUCCGACAUGCGCGCCUGCCGCAAGACAAAUGAGAUCAACGACGAAAAGGUCAUUGACCGUCUCGACAACGCCAUCCUGGAUGGCACCGACGUGGACACUUAUCUCGGCGACCGUGUCAGGCGCCGAGAUGUCUUCAUGUCCAUGACGAUGAACAUGAUUUGGGAGUUCGUGUUUACUCGUUACCUCUUUGGCAUGGACCGCGAGCAGCGACAAAAGUUAAAGUCGCUGGAAAAGCUGCUGACCGAGGUCGGCCCUCCCCCGGCCGUCCGACAAUGGCGCGCCGUCACCCUGACGCUGCUUUCCAAGCGCCCCAGCUUCAAGCACCAGCGCGACCUCGACACCGAGGCCGUGGUCCAGGCCAUCUUCCAAACGCUGUCCAGGGUCCUCCCUCCCCCUUCCAAUCUGGAGGACCAGAUUCAAUCACAGCUGCGCCGCGUGAUGCGAGAGGCCGUCGACCUCUCCAUCGAGAUGCGCACACAGCGCGCCGAGUACAUGAUGCUCCCGCCGCUGCAGCCGGAAUACGACGCAGAUGGCGAACUCGCCGAGACCGUCACGUUCAACGCGGCGCUCAUGAACGAGCGCAGCGCCGAUAAGUCGGCCUCCAACGAGGCCCUCGAGGCCCAAAGCGCCGUCGUGCGCAUCGUCCUGUUUCCGCUCGUCGUCAAGAAGGGCGACGACGGCGGCAAUAACGACGACGAGAUUGUUGUGUGUCCUGCCCAGGUGCUGGUGGCUCGGCCCAAGGGCAAGUCCGUUAGGCUGUUCACGCCCGGGAGCGACGCUGGCGGUGCGUCGCUUGGCGGGCAGACGGCAGCCACGCGCAGCGAUCUCAGCAUGGGUACAUUUUUACCCGAUCAAGCCUCCAAUGUGCGGUAG